GGGCCAGGGCAGGUGAGCCUCGCCCUGGGAAAACCACCUUCCUGACCAUGGUGUCUACCCUGCCAGUGUGUCUGCAGUCCUGCAACCCCACAGUUCACACUUCCAGACUCUCGUUGCUUUCAGUCAUGACUUUGAAAGUUCUUCUGGUAACAGUGCUGGGCUUAUGUCAUGGAUUCAAUCUGGACACGGAACAUCCCAUGACCUUCCGAGAGACUGCAAGAGGCUUCGGGCAGAGUGUGGUCCAGCUUGGUGAAUCCCGAGUCGUUGUUGCAGCCCCCCAGGAGGCAAAGGCUGUUAACCAGACAGGUGGCCUCUAUGUGUGUGACUUCAGCACAAGCAAGUGUGAGCCCAUCCGCUUGCAAGUGCCCCCAGAGGCUGUGAAUAUGUCCUUGGGCCUGUCCCUGGCUGCUUCAUCAGUCCCUCCCCAGCUGCUGGCCUGUGGCCCUACCGUGCACCAAAACUGCAAGGAGAACACGUACGUGAAUGGUUUGUGCUACCUAUUUGGCUCCAACCUGCAGAGGCCGCCGCAGCAGUUCCCAGAGGCUCUUAGAGGAUGUCCUCAGCAAGAGAGUGACAUUGUCUUCUUGAUUGAUGGCUCUGGUAGUAUCAAGACCACAGAAUUUCAACAGAUGAAGGAGUUUGUCUCAACUGUGAUGGACAAAUUCAAAACAUCUAAAACCUUGUUCUCUUUGAUGCAAUACUCUAAUCGCUUUUGGAAACACUUCACCUUCAAUGAUUUCAAGAAGAACCCUGACCCAAGAUUUCACGUGAGCAAGAUACAGCAGCUGGACGGGACGACGCACACCGCCACAGGGAUCCGUAUGGUAGUAAGAGAACUGUUUCAUAAAACCAGUGGGGCCCGGGAGAAUGCAUUGAAGAUCCUUGUUGUCAUCACAGAUGGAGAAAAAUAUGGGGAUCCCUUGAAUUAUGAGGAUGUCAUCCCUGAGGCAGAAAGAGUGGGGGUCAUCCGCUAUGUUAUUGGGGUAGGAAAUGCCUUCAUCAAACCUCAGUCCCGCAGAGAGCUUGAUACCAUUGCGUCUAAACCAGCUGGCGAUCACGUGUUCCGAGUGAACAACUUUGAAGCCCUGGCCACCAUUCAGAACCAGCUUCAGGAAAAGAUCUUCGCGAUUGAGGGCACUCAGACAGGAAGCAGCAGCUCCUUUGAGCAUGAGAUGUCUCAAGAAGGCUUCAGUGCUGCCAUCACCUCUAAUGGCCCCUUGCUAGGCUCUGUGGGGAGCUUUGACUGGGCAGGUGGAGCCUUCCUGCACACAUCAAAGGAUAAAGUCACCUUCAUCAACACAACCAGAGUGGAUUCAGACAUGAACGAUGCUUACUUGGGUUAUGCAUCUGCAGUCAUCACGAGGAGCAGGAGCCAAAGCCUGGUUUUAGGGGCACCUCGAUAUCAGCACACUGGCCUGGUGGUGAUGUUCAGGCAGGACUCUGGCGCCUGGGAGUCCCACGCUAAUAUCCUGGGUAGCCAGAUUGGCUCUUAUUUUGGGGCCUCCCUCUGUUCUGUGGACAUAGAUGGGGAUGACAACACAAACUUGAUCCUCAUCGGGGCCCCUCAUUAUUAUGCGCAGACCCGAGGUGGCCAGGUGUCAGUGUGUCCCUUGCCAAGGGGGCAGAGGGCACGGUGGCGCUGCGAGGCUGUUCUCCAUGGUGAGCAGGGCCAUCCCUGGGGUCGCUUUGGGGCAGCUCUGACCGUGCUGGGAGACGUGAAUGGGGACAAGCUGACAGACGUGGCCAUCGGGGCCCCGGGAGAGCAGGAUAAUCAGGGUGCGGUCUACAUUUUCCACGGAGCAUCGGAAGUCAGCAUCAGUGCCUCCCACAGCCAGCGGAUCACAGGCGCCCACUUCUCCCUUGGGCUCCAGUACUUUGGGCAGUCUCUGAGUGGGGGCAAGGAUCUCACAAUGGAUGGCCUGACAGACCUGGCUGUGGGUGCCCAGGGUCACCUACUGCUGCUCAGAGCCCAGCCCGUGGUGAGACUUGAGGCCACCAUGGAAUUCAAUCCCAAGACUCUAGCAAGGAGUGUGUUUGUGUGCCAAGAACAAGUGCCAAAAAACAAGGAUGCUGGAGAGGUCAGAGUCUGCCUCCGUGUCCGCAAGAGUACCAAGGAUCGGCUGCAAGAAGGAGCCAUCCAGAGCACUGUCACUUAUGACCUGGCUUUAGACCCUGGCCGCUCCCACGCCCGUGCCUUCUUUGAUGAGACACAGAACAACACGCGCAGGCGCAUCCAGGCCUUUGGAUUGACACAGAAAUGUGAAACCCUGAAGCUGUAUUUACCAGUCUGUGUGGAAGAUUCUCUGAGUCCCAUCAUCUUGCGUCUCAAUUAUACCCUGGUCGGGGAGCCCUUGAGCUCAUCCAGGGACCUUCGGCCGGUUCUGGCUAUGGAUGCUCAGAGGUUCUUCAUGGCUAUGUUUCCCUUUGAGAAGAACUGUGGCAGUGACAGCAUUUGCCAGGAUGAUCUCAGCAUCACUAUGCGUUUCACGGGCCUGGACACGUUGGUGGUGGGCGACCCCCGGGACUUCAACGUGGAGGUGACUGUAAGAAAUGACGGUGAAGACUCCUAUAGGACCCAGGCUACCAUCUACUACCCACCUGGCUUGUCUUACCGGAAGGUGUCAGUGAACCAGCCUUGGCGUGUGACCACCUCUGAGUCCAGCUUUUCCGCCGAAGGGCAUGGAGCUCUUAAGAGUACCACCUGGAACAUCAACCUGCCCAUCUUUCCUGCUAAUUCCAAGGUCACCUUCACUGUCACAUUUUAUGUGGACUCUGAUGCUUCCCUUGGGAACAAGCUGCUCCUCAAGGCCAAUGUGACCAGUGAGAACAACAUGUCCAGGACCCACAGAACUGAGUUUCAGUUGGAGCUGCCAGUGAAGUAUGCCGUCUACAUGGUUGUCACCAGCGAUGAGAGUUCUAUCAAAUACCUCAAUUUCACAGCUUCAGAGAUGACCAGUCAGACCAUACAGCAUCAGUACCGGUUCAGUAAUCUGGGCCAGAGGAGCCUCCCCAUCAGUGUGAUCUUCUGGGUCCCUGUCCAGCUUAACAAGGUGCCCGUAUGGGAUGAUCCCCAGGUCAUCUUCGCCCAGAACCUCUCAAGUGUUUGUCACACAGAGCAGACAUCCCCCUCCCACUCCAAGUUCCAGGAAGAGCUUGAGAAGACCCCAGUGCUGAACUGCUCUGUUGCUGUCUGUAAGAGAAUCCAGUGUGACCUCCCAUCCUUCAACACUCAGGAAACGUUCAAUGUCACCCUCGAGGGCAAGCUGUCAUUUGACUGGUACAUCAAGACUUCUCAUGACCACCUCCUCCUUGUGAGCAAUGCUGAGAUCUCGUUUAAUGACUCCGAGUUUGCCCUGCUGCCAGGCCAGGAGCAGUUUGUGAAGUCUCAGACGCAGACCAAAGUGGAGCCGUACGAAGUUCACAACCCCGUCCCACUCAUUGUGGGCAGCUCCAUCGGGGGGCUGGUGCUCCUGGCGCUCAUCACUGCUGGCCUGUACAAGCUCGGCUUUUUCAAGCGGCAAUACAAGGACAUGAUGAGUGAAGCUGCUCCUCAAGAUGCCCCACCUCAGUAAUGGCUUUCUCCAUGCAGCGAGCUCCCCAACAGCAAGC